CACAACCGUUGAGGACUCUCGGGCGGUUGAAGCACAUCACAACCGUUGAGGACUCUCGGGCGGUCGCGGCACGGUGAGGUGACAGCAGCUGCGGAAGGUUCUUGUGCCAUUCUCUUGAAGUCUUUCAGCACAGCCGUGACCUAUUCUGAACGACAAGAGCUGGACGACAAGAGCUGGGUGCGCUGGAGCUGAAGAAGAGCCGGUGCAAUCAUGGUCACGGUUUUUCCAUUCCACGCUUAAAUGCGUCACUCGUGAGCUGGAGAAGACGGUCCUCAGGAAGCGUGCCCCGGUUCCCAAACAGAUUCGACCCGGGAACGAAGAGCGGUUCUUGGUAUCAGAUUAUGGGCGGUUCUGCUGACGUCACCAAUUCCUGUUAUGUCAUCAAUUGAGGACAUCACCUAUUUGCGGCAAAGGCAGGAACGUGGCCUUCGUGAGAAGCUGGCGGGUCUUGACGCGCGCUUUACGAGGAGGAUGCCGCAGGAUCGAGGCCGCGGCCGGCUGACAGCAUCGGCUGAAUGCACUCAGCCUUCGACGGCAAGAUGGUUUUUUCCUGGCCUUGAAGGUUGCUUCCGAUUUGAGUCAAGGCCACACCCCUCAUCAGCACGGCAACUUCCGGCCGUAGUACAGGUCUGACCAAGCUGAAUCUGGUUUGCCGAGGAAGUCGACCUGAUCCUGAACGAGUUGCUGUUUCCCCACCCGCAUACGCGACCGCUCAGUAGUCCUGGCUCAGCUUGUGUCGGCGUUUGAUGAUACAAAUGCGGUCGCGCUUCCGGCGGUUGUACUGGACUCGGCAAUCCGUUCCGACCGGCAGGGCGGAAAUGUUUCGUCACAUUAUCAACAUUUGGACUGGAGUGAUUAUCACACCAUUAAAGCUUGUAACUCGUACGUACGAGCGGAUGAGCGUGCCACGGCUAGUAGCAUUGAGC